AUGGUGGUGUUCAUUAAUGCAAAGAUUAAGUCCUUCAUUAAACUUUUUAAGAAGAAAACUGUUUCCAACCUAGAUGAGGAGAGUCGGUGGGCAGUGCACUACACUGCUCCAUGGCACCAGCAGGAGAAUGUGUUCCUUCCCACCACGAGACCCCCCUGUGUUGAGGACCUGCACCGCCAAGCCAAGCUCAACCUCAAAUCAGUGUUGAGGGAAUGUGAUAAGCUGAGGCGGGAUGGCUGCCGCAGUUCUCAAUACUACUCUCAGGGACCCACCUUCGCAGCCAGUGCCAGCCCUGUGGGUGAUGAGUAUCAGGAUGAGGAUGCAGAAAACGAUCAGAAGUGUUCUCUCUCUUCAUCAGAAGAGGAGAGACUUAUUGGCAUCAGGAGACCCAAAACGCCAACCUCAGGUGACUUUUCUGACCUUAAUACUCAGACGAACUGGACCAAGUCACUGCCACUGCCAACUCCAGAGGAGAAGAUGCGACAGCAAGCCCAAACGGUCCAGGCUGAUGUGGUUCCCAUUAACAUAACUGGGGAGACUUUCGAUCGCCAGGCCAGCCUCCGGCGGUCUCUAAUUUACACAGACACUCUGGUAAGACGACCGAAGAAAGUCAAAAGGAGAAAGACUAUUACAGGAAUCCCUGACAACAUACAGAAGGAGCUAGCAUCUGGCACUAGCCAAGAGGAUGUUGGGGGUCACUCACUGUACACCCCAGACCACUACUCCACAUUAGGAAGGCUUGAUAGCUCUCGGUUCUCCGGGCAGCGCUUGGAAACUAGGGACACCAGCUGUCAGACUGAGGAAGUGAAAGUUGUUCCACCUUCAAUGAGAAGAAUCAGGGCACACAAGGGGCUGGGCAUCGCUGCCCACAUGAGCCACUUCUCAGGCUCCUCUGGCAACAUGUCUGUGCUGAGUGACUCUGCAGGGAUCGUGUGCCCUUCUCGCCUCCACAGUGAUGCUGGCUUCCAUAGUCUUCCACGCUCUGGAGUCAGGGCCAGCACCCAUUCCCUGGAGGCAAGGUUCGGGGCUGGAGGCCCUGAGGAAGACCUGGAUGGUCCUUUUCUCUACCAGAGGGGAAACUCACAAGGAGAUGAAAACUUUGGACAUUUAGGAGACGGCUUGAGGAGUGGACCACUUUUGAGGCCCAAAUCCCAGGAGGCCAGGCACUUGGAGACUGAAGCCGUAACAAGCCCAGCCUGUGUGGUCUCUCCUCACGCCACCUACUCUACCAGCAUCAUCCCCAAUGCCACCCUUUCGUCAUCCUCAGAGGUUAUCAUUAUUCAUCCUGCUCUGAGCGUCGGGCAGCUGGACGGUAGAAUGACCCUUUCCUCCUCCUACUCGAAGAUGAAACCCACGUCCAGACGUGCUCCGAAAGAUGACCACCAGCCUUCGGGUCACCGCUGGCAUGAGAGUCACUCCACCCCGCCACAGGCCUCAGACUCCCCUUCCCACAGUGCCGCGCUGCUGUCCCACGGCGGUUCAGAUGUCUCUCUAAAUGCCCCAGCAAACCGGGAGAACGGGUCCCAAGCCAUGCCCUGCAGCUGCAGCAACCACCUGAACUUCCCAGUGCACCCCCACGAUGUGGAUGGCAAGAGGGAGUCUAGUUACUCAGGGGACCGCGGGCAUGCCGGCUCGGAGCCCUGGGAGUACCCAGCCUCCAGCAACGGGCGGGCCUCCCCUCUGAAGCCACAUCUGGCCACCUCUGGCUACUCUACUCCCACAAGUAACAUGAGCAGCAGCAGUCUGGACCAAGCGUCCAUCAAGGAGGAUGCUGGCUCCCUGUAUGCUGAGGAGCACAACGGCUACUGCGGGGCUCUGUCUAGCGACAGUGGACGCAGGCCCGGGCACCUGUGCAACAGCAGCGAGGGCUUCGGGAACCCCAGGCACAGCGUGGUCAAUGUGUUUGAUGGAAGAGCUGCUCAGAAAAGCCAAGGGGACCGGUCACAUUAUCUUGAUAAAUCCCUUUCCAGAAACAUCUCUCUGAAGAAAUCAAAGAAGCCUCCCUUGCCACCCUCCCGAACAGACUCUCUCCGCAGGACUCCCAAGAAGAGCGGCCAGUCUAAUGGGCAGGUGCUCAACGAGAGCCUGAUCGCCACGCUCCAGCACUCCCUGCAGCUGAGCCUCCCGGGCGCGGGCAGCGGCUCACCCUCACACAGUCCCUGCAGUGACUUUGAGGAGCCCUGGCUGCCUCGCUCUCGGAGCCAGAGCACAGUCAGCGCCAGCAGCAGCAUGACCUCGGCCACCACCCCCAACGUCUACUCCCUGUGUGGAGUCACUCCGUCCCAGAGCGACACCAGCAGCGUCAAGUCGGAGUACACGGACCCGUGGGGCUACUAUAUCGACUACACCAGCAUGCAGGAAGACUUGGGGCACCCAGCAGGAGGAUGCUCCACCAACAGUGGGGCUCCAAGUGGAAACGGGCCUGUGCGCCCCGUCCAAGAGGGACCCAGGGCCACGAUGCCCCAAGUGCCUGGUGAUGGCUCGGUCAAACCAAAGAUCACAUCACCUGAGAAAGCGCAGAGAGUCACGUCUCCAUCCAGUGGGUACUCCAGCCAGUCCAAUACCCCCACCGCACUCACCCCCGUGCCUGUGUUCUUGAAGUCCAUGUCGCCAGCCAAUGGGAAGGGGAAAGCCAAGCCGAAGGUGCCCGAGAGGAAGUCCUCUCUGGUCUCCUCGGUGUCCAUGUCCUCCUCAUCCACUUCUCUCUCCUCUAAUACUUCUACAGAAGGAAGUGGCACGGUGAAGAAGCUGGAUGCCGCCGUGGCCUCCCCCCUUGCUCCUCCUCCUCCUCUUCCUCCUCUGCCAUCUCCUUAUCCUGCCCACAAGUCUCCUGCUCUUCCUCUUCCUCCUCCUCCAGCAGAGUGCUUCGAGGGCGCUCCUCUGCCUCACUCUCCCAUGUUCCCCCCUCCGCCCCCAGAAGCCCUGGCUCCCUUCUGCUCCCCCACUCACUCGCCUCCCCCCUCAGCUCGGAGCCCCCUUCCAGGUUCCUCGGCCCCCUUGCCAGCACCUCCCCCAUUCCUGCCCUCCUCAGAGCCCCCACCUGCCCCACCUCUGGACCCCAACUUCAUGAGAGACACCAGGCCUUCUUACAAAGCCUCUGGCCAGCUCGAUUGCUCCCAGGAUACCCCCAGGCCACCUGUGAGCAAGGAGGAGCCAGCCAGGCCCCCCAUGCCCCUGAUCACCACAGAGGUGCUGCAGACAGUGCAGUUGAGGCCGGUGAGGAAGAACUCAGGCGCAGAGGCGGCACUGCUGUCUGAACCAAUUGCUCAGGAACAAGGAACCCCGACUGUUCCACAGUAUCACUUAAAGCCAUCUGCCUUCCUGAAAUCCCGAAAUAGCAUAAACGAAAUGGAGAGUGAAAGCCAGCCUGCCUCCGUGACAAACCUGCUGCCGACGCCUGCCAAGAGCCCGAGUCAGGGUGACCAUGACAGUGCAGCCAAGCGUGGCAGCCCUCCGAGCGCCAACUAUGGGGUUCCGGGCCCUGGGCCUGGCACCGGGGAGGCAGAGGCUCCACCAGACCCCAGAACUACCCCACUCCCAGACUCUUCACCCAGCAGAAAGCCACCUCCCAUCUCCAAGAAGCCCAAACUGUUCCUGGUGGUGCCACCUCCGCAGAGAAAUUUCACAGCGGAGCCUUCAGAGAACGGGAGAGAAGCCUUCUGCAGGUCACCCAGCCCCACCAGGGCAGGGGAGGGCUCUGUGCACAGCAAAGAGGCAAAAGAGAGCCCUGCAUUCCAGCCUGGCUCUCAUGCUACUGACCCGAGCAGCUCGGUUCUGGAGGGAGGAGCUGCAGGAGCUGUGUCCCCUGGCAGAGUGGAAGCCAAUGCUCCCAUGGUACAGCCCGAUGCCUCGCCAGCCCCUACACAGGAGGAGCCCCCCAAGAGCAGCGAGGAUGGCACGGGUGAGGCAGAGAGCUGUCUGUCUCAACAGGACAGCGCAGCCGGGGUGCCAGCAACCCAUUCAGCCAGUGCCUCUUCAGAAGCCUGGGACUGGAAGGAAGCCGGGAGUGAUGAGGUGAUGACCCCCACCAGACCCAGGACCACGGAAGACCUUUUUGCAGCGAUUCACAGAUCCAAGAGGAAGGUGCUUGGCCGGAAGGACUCGGAGGACGACCACACCCGGAACCACUCCCCCUCCCCGCCCGUGACGCCCACGGGUGCCGCGCCCAGCCUGGCCUCUCCGAAGCAGGUGGGGUCCAUUCAGAGAAGCGUACGCAAGAGCAGCACCAGCAGCGACAACUUCAAGGCCCUGCUGCUGAAGAAGGGCAGCCGGUCGGACGCCAGCGCCCGCAUGUCGGCGGCCGAGAUGCUCAAGAGCACGGACCCUCGAUUCCAGAGAUCGCGGUCCGAGCCGGCGCCCGACACCCCCGAGAGCCCGUCCAGCAAGACCAGGAGGGCCCAGGAGGAGUGGGCCAAGAACGAAGGGCUGAUGCCGAGGAGUCUGUCCUUCUCGGGCCCCAGGUACAGCCGCAGCCGCACGCCGCCCUCGGCGGCCAGCAGCAGGUACAGCAUGCGGAACCGCAUCCAGAGCAGCCCCAUGACCGUCAUCUCCGAGGGCGAAGGGGAAGCCGGGGAGCCCGCCGACCACCGGGCUCGCCACGCGCUGGACGUGGCCAGGGGGUGCGCGCCCGACGGCCUGGCGCGGGAGCAGGCGGACGGGACCCCCGUCCAGGGCAGUGGCAGAGAGGAGAGCUAGGACCUGGAGGCGCCUGUCCCCGGCGAGGCAGGGAUGACGGUGCACCGGCUCGGGAAGCCUGUGGGGCCCUACCCGGCCCGCGCGAGGGACCCCACGCAGCAGCAUCGGUGCUGGGGCCCCCAGGGCUGUGGGUCACGUAGCACCCACGUGGUGAAAAGCAAGUAGAAGCUUACACUUCUGAACGUGCUUCCUGGGGAAGAUGAUGAUGAUUAAAUGAUGCGUGUGUGUGUGUGAGUUUUGAACACUUUAACAGCUACACACACUAACAGUAUGUACAGAGAAACGGGAGAGAGCAGGUCAGCAAAGCUAGGUAGAGGAGUGCAGUCUCCGGGACUAGGCCGUAGUUUGCUUUGGAAGCACUGUGUAUGGAAUGCGCCCCGGGGGAAGGAGAAGGCCAUCACUUGUGGGAGAGGGAGGCUGUAGGCCAGCCGGGCACCCAACCCUCGCGAGUGCGCACGCGCGCGCAUGCGUGCUGCUGAGGGCGGCACCGCGAAGCUGGGAAGGGCUGGGUGCCACGGGUUCAGGUACUGGUUUUCUUUUUCUUUUUUUCUCCUGGGAGGGUAAAAGGCUUUGCUUCUUUCUCAGUUCAAAUGAAAUCACAAAAGUGGAAGUAACAAGGCUGACAUGGUGCCUGCUGCUGCCCGCAGCCCGCACACAGCUCGGCGUGGCUGGGUUGCUGGGAAGGACCGCCUUGAGUAGGCGCUGGAGCCGAAGCGCGCAUGCGCACAGGGGCAGGCCGCGCCUCCGGGCAGGGAGGAGGAAGUGCUACACUGCUGGGAUUUGUUGCCUGCUUAUUAAACCUUUUCAUGAUUAAAUUUUUGAACACUUGCACUACAGAACUGUGGGCGAAGGCUUUCCUUUUUUAUGAGAGUUUUUUAUAGUUUUUUUUUUCCUUUCUCUUUAACCAGAGUUUAAGCUUCCACUUGGCAAUUUCUUAUCACUUGAAAGGUCAGCAUUUGCUAACUUUUGGAUAUCCUUUUGGUUACACCAAAGAAAAAAAUAAGACAAUUUUUUCCCUUGAACUGCCUACAGCAUCAUAAUUUAGAAAAAAAGUUUACCAAAAGCUAUGAUAUAUUAUCUCAUUUUGAAGAAAAUGCUGGAUAUAGCUCUUGUUAGUCAAAUAAACUGAUGAAAAUUGGUAGGGCUUGGCAAUUAAUUAGCCCUGGGAAAUGAAUUUUUUAGAUUAAAAAUGUUUUUGCAUCAUUUGGUUUGUGCGUUUCUAUAUUUGUGUGUAAAUAAUUAAAUAUAAAUACCUUCUAGUCUCCAGUCAGAGUUCCAACAGUGGCAGACAUGGGAGAAAGGUAUGUGACAUAUUUAUGUUAACAUACUCUUCCCAUGGGCCGCACCCUCCCUCCCAGUUUUGGCAUACUUGGAAUAAACUAGUGUUGCCUUCUUUGUCAGAAUGGAAAUCUUGUGAUCCUUGGUCUAAAUUGAGUGCAACCAUCCGUUGCCAUCGACAGUGGAAUGAAAGUGUGAUCUGAAAGUCAGACCACCUGUGUCAAACCAUCAUAAACAAACCCAUUUUAGACAUGUCUUCAGGGGAAAGUUAAGCCUCCUUUCUGUCUCAGCAGCCAACAGAGCCCCUCUUUUCAUACAACCAGAAACGAAGAGGACCUGUGUCCAUGGGUUCAAGGGUUUUUUUAUUCUUUGGGACAGUUGUCUCUACAAUGGGGGCACAGGGAUGGUUUUUGUAAACAUUAGGAAAGUAAUGUUGGCUUUUGAAUAUGCAGUCUUCCCAUACCUUCCAACAAAUGAUUAGAAUGUAUGUGGCUAUUAGAAAUCUUGAACUUAAUAUAUAAAUCAUUUGUUUGAAGGUACAAUAAGCAACAUUAAAACUAAUUAUAAAAUGAUUAAACAUCCCCAUUUUGAAAGAUAUUUAUUAGAUUUGAAAUUUACUUUGAAUAAAACAGUUGUAAAAUCAGUCUUUGAAACUUCUUUUGGCUUGUCCAUGUGUUUUGGGAGUUUUUUGUUUUUUGGAUAAUGAGAUAGGUUUUCUUGUACCAAAUUACUCAGUGCUUUGCUGGAUACAAAACAGAACAGCAGUGAAGACCAGAAGGUUCCUGUGGGAGGUGGGGACCCCACUGAGGCAAGACAGAACAUCACAGACUCUGGGUGCUGUGGCUAAAAGGACAUUUGGAAAAACAGCUCCAAAUAAUGUUACAAGGGCUUUUGAAUGUCAUGGGAAUAACCAAAGGCUGGUAUAUCAAAAGACAUAAUGUGUGGGGGGCUAUGAGAACUUUUCACAGGUUUGGAUGAUAGCGGAAGAAGAAUGUACACAUCCCUCGAGCAUGCUGUAUCCUCAGCUGUAGUGCUCGGCUACCCCGAGGGCUGCUUCUGUGUCUGGGCUGGGUCAUACUCAAAGCUCUAUGUGGGUAGACUAGAUGGCUCUUCUUAUGGCAGAUAGGCAUGGAAGCCCUUGGGCUGAAUUACUGCUAGCUUAAUCUAUCUAAGAGUUGGAGAGAAUCAAGUGAGCAUUUGGUCUGUCAGCUGGAGUCUGACUUUGAUUUGCUUUCUGCCUUCUACCUGCUUCUGAAGAAUCUUGAUUGAAAUUCAUCACUUCUCAAGGGGAUGAGAUAUCCAGUUGGUUCUCCAUAUUCCUAAAGUCCUAGAGCCACGGUUUCAACUCGCUACACACCAAAAAUAUCUGAAAAACGGGCUGCAGAUAUAGCUCAGUGUGAGAGCACUUACCUAAUGUGCAAGGCCCUACAUUUAAUCCCUGACACUACAAAAGAUUUUAAAUAAUCUG